AUGGGCCCCUAUACCGCCUCCUCAUGCUGCUGCCAGGCCCCUAAUCUGCCAUGGGCCCCUAUACCGCCUCCUCAUGCUGCUGCCAAGUCCAGAGUCUGUCAUGGGUCCCUGUACGGCCUCCCAUUGCUGCUGCCAGGUCCAGAGUGUGUCAUGGGUCCCUGUACGGCCUCCCAUUGCUGCUGUCUCCAUCGCCACACUCUGCCACGUGCCACUUUCAGGUCUCCUCACACUGCUGGUGGUUUCCAUUUUUGUCAUAGGGUGCUGUAUGGCCUCCCAUUGCUGCUGCCUCCACCGCCACACUGUGGCUCCACACUCUGGUUUUGGCCCCGUGACUGCCCAAAUGAUUGAAGUGUGCGGUGAUUCUAAGAUCGACGGCACUCAUCUGCAUGUCAUACUGACUGACAGUAUUAUUUCUCUUCCCCAGCAGACUCCAAGG